AUGGUCAAGUCUGGAAAAAGAAAGUUUGUAAAAAAGGAAAAGGCCAAAGUCCAUUUGAAAGUAGCUCAUAAGACACUGCUGCCCAAAGGACAAAAUGUGACGGAUACAAAUUUUAAAGUACGCAAGAUCGUGCUGCAUGGCCAACUCAAAGAACGUGGUGAUCACGAAAUACUUUCCAAGGGAAACUUAAACAUCAAGGAAUUGCUGUCGAGAUUAAAUCAUCAUAACAUGUGGCAAAGGCAGUCUGGACUCGAAGGUCUUAUAGACUUAGUUGCUUCUUAUCCUCCACAAACCAUGGCCGUUCACUUGUCAUCGUUCUUAGAAGCAGCUUCACGUUUGACACUAGAUGGUGAGGCGGACAUUCGUCAAUUGGCUGUGAAGUUAUUAUCGUCAAUAUUAACGGCUGUAGAAGAAAAGCAGAUUGCUCCUUCUUUUGAAAUUGUCAUUAGAUAUUUAGCUUGUGCAAUGAGUCACAUUAAUUCAGCUGUAAGAGAGACGUCUCUUAAUGUGUUGGACGUUCUAAUAACUAAACAUCCUAAACUUACAGCUGUUCAUUGUCAGACUGUAGUAUUGCCUGGUUUUUUAGAUUUAAUAUCUUCAAAACUAAGUGAUACAACUUCUCGGAAACUCACAGUGCAAAUCAUUGAACAUACGACUACAAGUGUUUGGCGAUUAAAAGUAUUAAAUAGUUUACGUUCAUUGUUGAGUGCAAUUGUCAAAAACACUUCAUUAGGAUCAGAAAAUUCUUCAGAUCUAAAUAGAACAGUGAAUUGGAAAGAUUCUUGUCGUUUACAUGUUCCAUUGUACAAUUCCAUUAGUUUGAAAACUGGUCCUUUGGAUUUUAACAUUUUUCAAAAGGCCGAAAAGAAUUCUUCAACAACAGAAAUACAAAAUUAUACAGCAUCAUUGAUGCCUCUUUUGAUUGAUACUUUCAUUGAAGUGGCUCCCAGCAAACGAGAAAAUAAAAACAGUUCGGAAAUUUCAUUACAAACAGCAUCAAUAUUAAAAUGCAUAUUGGAUAUUAUUCUUUUGUUAUGGAAAAUUUUUCAAAAUUCUGAUAAUCCAUCAGAAAUGAUGGCUUGGUUUAGCAUUAAUUAUGGCCCUAAGAUUUGUCAAACAUUUAUAUCAAAUGGUUUCCCCUAUAUUACACUCAACAGUGGUGGCCGUACUUCAGAUAAAGUCAAAAAACACAAAACUGACACAGAUGUAGUUUUGGAUUUAUUUGGAGACAGUAUGGUACAAUCUGACACAAAGUGUUCCAAACAAAAUAUAGACCUGUGUCUUGUAUAUUUUUUACUCAGUAAAUAUAAAAUAUUACCGGUAUCAGUCAAAGUCAUAUCUUUAUAUAUUAACAAUUCAUUAAAUUCAUACAAGUCAAUUGAUCAUCAAUCUUUUGUUGUGCUAAUGCAUUGUCUAGAGACUGUAUCUGACAACAAUGAUUUGAUUAAAUCUAAGGACUCCUUUGACUUGAAUUCUGUCAUAGAAAAAUUAGUUAUUAUUCACAAUGAAAUGGUAACAAAUGAUGGUCGUCAUCGUCACGAGAAAACCAAGUUAGUGUUUAAUUACUUGUGUUCAAUCGCAUCAAAAACACAUUUGAAAAUAGCUGAAGAAGUCGAAGAAUUUGGUAGCUGGCUGACUUUAUUACCAGAAUUCAUGUGUCAACGUAAAGUACCAUAUCAUUUAGUGAAAGCUUUGUCAAAUGUGGCAAGAUAUAAUUUACCAGAGUUUAGCAAAUCGUUAUACAUGUUAAAGCCAGCAUUAUUGGACAAUGUUGACAUUGUAGCAGACAACAAAGCUGACAAAAUUAAUGGUCAGACUUUAUUAAAAGAUAUGAUGUAUACACAAUUAGAUUGGGAAAAAGAAAUUGGACUAGUUAAUUAA